CUCAGUUGAUUCGAGCCAACUAGAUCUUGCAGUACGUCGCCAUUCAAAUCUCUCCUGUAGCCUUUGAAAAGUUUGCACUUACGACACGCUCUCUACCGCUCCCGCUCCGGGACCAACAGACAAUGACUGGAUAUGUAACUGGCGGUUGCGACAACCCUGUUUUGCCGGACGAAAGCCAUGGCGCAACAUGUUCAAGUUUCCAUUGGAUCGGAAAUUGUCGUUUGACAGUGAUGGGUAUAUCUGGCUCGAAUCCACACUGCUCGUCGUCCCAACCUAGUGAUCGUGCCCCAUUAAUCGAGGAUAAGAGGGAAACGCCACUGGGUUCGCGACCUCUUGCAAUGCAAUUUGCUGCUGCAUUCCGCAUGCCCCAGGCUCAGAGCGAUAGUCCAUUUCACGGGGCCAAAAGGGAGACCUCUGGAUUGACUCGUCAACCUCCUUUCCGCGACCCUCCAACACCCUUGCGGGCUGCAACGCGAACGUCUGGAAUAGGUUGCCUCUCCGCUCCCCGUCCCUCCUCCCCUUUCCCACACAGCAACAAAGACACCUGGUCCUAGUGCCCCAAGGAAGCUCCCCUGUCGGAACAAUGCUUCGGCACUGGCUGGAGCAGAGCUCCGAGCUCCAGUUGGCAAUUACCUACUC